AUGCAUGUCUUCCAGGCCCUUAUCGCUCUCCCUCUGAUAGCAGGUGCUGUCGCCAAUCCUCUCAACAUGCGCGCCACCCUUGAAAACUGCAAUGGUGAGAGAGUGCAAAUGAUCAACAACGCACUUGCCCAGGCUGCAAAGAUGGCCAGUGCAGGCGCCAGCCUCAUCCGCAGCGAAUCCGACUACUCGAACAGCCUUUUCCAGAGCUUCUUCAAGACCACCGACGCCCAGUCCCGCAAUCGCGUUGCGGGGGUCUUGGAAAAGAUUGCCACGGAGGCCAGGGACGGGAACCAAGGUGUCGUAAGCUACUAUUGCACUCCGGAGGGCAUCCAGUGCGUUGACAAUCACUCUUUCACUAUGACUGCCUACGGUGAGACAGACGGAACCUACGGAAGAAUCCGGACCUGCCCUGCGUAUUUCACUAAGUUCCCUCCCUGGUCGAACAGCUGUAGUAAGCUGGACCAGGCCACUUCUAGCUUGCAUGAGCUGGCGCAUACCAAAGGCAUCUACGGUCCCGAGACGUAUGGCUAUGAGGCAGUCCAUGGUUUGAGCUCUUCUUCCGCUCUUGAAAAUGCUGAGAGCUAUGCUUUCUUUUCCAAGUCGGCUUUUCUCAACUGCGAUGUCACCAACUAA